ACUCUAGUUCUUAGUUCUCGAAUUUGUUGCACGUGUAAAACGCAAAUAACACAAAUAUUGUUAAAAACAAAAGUGGCAGAACAAAAUGGGAAAAUUAAAUGUUACGGUACUGCGUUACCUCACGAAAGAGGACUUUCGUGUGCUGACAGCCAUAGAAAUGGGAAUGAAGAAUCACGAACUUGUGCCAGGUCCACUGGCCGCUGCCAUUGCCAACCUUAAAACUGGCGGAGUGCACAAAUUGCUGAAGGAGCUGUGCAAGCACAAACUUCUAUCCUACGAGCGUGGCAAGAAGUAUGAUGGUUAUCGUUUAACUAACACAGGCUAUGAUUACCUUGCACUCAAGUCCCUCACACUACGCGGUUCUGUUAGCUCAUUUGGAAAUCAGAUUGGAAUUGGCAAGGAGUCAAACAUCUAUGUUGUUGCCGACGAGGAUGGCACGCCCAUUUGCCUAAAGCUGCAUCGUCUGGGACGCACCUGUUUCCGCAAUGUCAAAUCAAAACGUGAUUAUCAUGGACGCCGGCAUAAAGCCUCCUGGCUGUACCUGUCGCGAAUCUCUGCGACACGCGAGUUUGCUUACAUGUCAGCUUUGUAUGAUCGCGGCUUUCCCGUGCCCAAGCCCAUAGACUUCAAUCGCCACUGUGUGCUUAUGGAUCUGGUAAACGGCUGGCCAAUGACCCAAGUGCAUGAGCUGUUGGAUGUGCCCCAGGUCUAUGAUGACCUUAUGAAUCUCAUUGUUCGCCUGGGUAAUUCUGGCGUUAUUCACGGCGAUUUCAAUGAGUUUAAUUUGAUGCUCACUGACGAGGGCAAACCCAUACUGAUCGAUUUCCCACAAAUGAUGUCCACCUCCCACGAGAAUGCCGAAUUCUUUUUUGAGCGCGACGUGACCUGUGUACGUGAGAUGUUCCGUCGUAAGUUUGGGUAUGAGAGCGAGGAUUACCCCAAAUUCAGUGAUCUUGUGCGAGAAGAUGAUUUGGACGCUGAGGUGCACUGUACUGGCUAUGGAUUCACCAAGGAAAUGGAACAAGAACUGCUUCAAGAAUAUGGUAUGGUCGAACCCGACGAGCAGCUGGAAGAAGAGGACGACGAACUGACAGUGAAUGAUGAGCCUCCAACUUUAGUGCCCGCUGCAACAGCCGAAAUUGACGAGUGCCGCAGGCAGUUGGAGAACGAGGUUACCUACAGUGAGACCAAAGUCACACAGAAAUCAGAUGAAGCUAUUAGGCGUUACAUUGAAUCAUGCACACAAUACUUGGGCAAUUUGACCGUCGGUCCUGAGGUCUCGGAUCAAACGUUAGCUGCAGCACCAAAAAUUAUAGAGUCGUUGCCAGCUAAUACUUCCCCAGACGAAGUUAUUAAAGAGAAAUCUAUCGAAUCUGUUGCUACUACAACAGAAGGUCCUCAAGAAACUGAGGAUGCACACUCCAUCAGUUCCAAUGACUUGGAAACGGAUGACAUGCCGGAACUAGCCGGUCUUGAUCCUAAUUCACGCGAAUAUCGCCUUAAGAUGGUGAAACAGCUGCUCAACGAUGCACGCAGUCAACGUUCUUACUCCACAACAGCCAGUACUAUAGCUCCUUCUGUGAUCACCGAUCGCAUACGCCGCAACAUGGACUUGCGGGAGAAGCGUGAACAACGCAAGCGUUGUGUUGUCAAGGGAGAGGCAAGUGCCGUGCACCGUCAUCGUAAGGAAAACACGGAUGUGGUGAAAGAGUACGCUGGCUGGGAUUUCUAAUUAAGUUUUUGAAAAUGGAUUAGCUCUAGUGUAUAUAAUCGCCUAUGUAAUUUGCAUAUUAUUUUAAUCAUAAAAUAACUACAUUUAUUUUUUAAUAAAUGUACUGUUAAAGAAAUACUGAAA